GCCGACGCGCGCUGCAGUGACCGCCGCUCCCUCCCUAUCACACCCUCGAACAAUCAGAGUUACUUGUCUUUGAAUAUUUUUCCUCAGAGACACUGUGAUUUGCCCUAACCCCUGCCGUUGGUGAGAUCGCGCUGCCACCGCUCAUUUUUUUAGGUUCUCAAGGUUUUGAUUUUUAUUUUGAUUUUGCCGUUGCUGGAAUCAGCCUUCCGGGGUUUUAAACAGGGGUUGUUCCUUGAUUUAUAUGCUACCAUUUUUUGUGAUGAGUGUUUUAUCGUCUCUUAAUUAGGAUCAUACAUAAUGUUAAAUCUGUUCCAUGAUCUAUGGGUUUCCUGUGAACCAUUUGCAGAAUGUUUUGAUAAACAGUUAUGUGCUACAACAUAAGAAUUCUCCUUUUCGUUCUAGCAUGAAUAUUGGAAGAACAAAGACUUCUGCAUUUCUACUCGGUUUCCAUAAAUUUUUGCGGCAAUAUUCUUCGAUCCACUCAAUAUCUCCAUCACAAGCCCUUCAAGAGAGCAUUAAAGCUGCAGUUGAAUCAAAGUCGUAUAAGAAACUUCCAGAUUUGUUUCCUUCUUUGCGAGAAGCUUGCCAUAACCCCAAUCUUUUCUUGUUUCUCUCUACUUUUCCUGUUAACGUAAGAACACAAAUUGUGGAUGAGAUAUUGCAAUCUUUAAUAUCUAUUAGACCUCGCUCAAGAUCCCAAUUUGUCCAUGUUUCUCUGCUUUUCUACACUCUUCAAAUCUCUUCACCCUUUCCCCUCUCUCUUCCAGUCCUCCAGAGGAUUCUCCACUCUGGUUAUGUCCCUGCCCCGCAGACCCAUCUUCUCCUCUCUUCUGCCUGGCUAAAACAACGUAGCCAGUCUAAAUCUGUUGCUAAUAUCUUGAUGGAUAUGCGGUCAAUUGGGUACAAGCCUGACAGUAACAUAUGUAAUUAUAUUAUAUCCUCUCUUUGUGCCACUGAUGAAUUAGCAGAGGCUUUUCAAGUAUUGAAAGGAAUGGGAGGGGCAGGGUGUUUUCCUGACUUGGAGAGUUAUGGCACCUUAAUUAGUGCAGUAACAGCUGUUAGACAGACAGACAAGGCAGUGGAAUUGCUGAAAGAAAUGGUUUUAAAAGUUAAAUUGACACCAAGACAAGGAACGAUUAUCAAUGUUGUGGCUGCUUUACGAGCAAACCGAGAGGUAAGGAGAGCAGUUGAGAUCAUUGAGCUGUUGGAGAAGGAGAGUCACAAUGUUGGAUUUGAGAGCUACGAGCUUCUUGUUGAAGGUUGUUUGGAGUGUCGCGAGUAUAUUUUGGCAGGAAAGGUGACCAUGGGGAUGACAGAGAGAGGGUUUAUACCAUAUAUCAAGGUCAGGCAAAAGGUUGUUGAGGGGCUGGCUGGCAUUGGAGAAGCAGAAUUUGCUUCUGCUGUAAGACGCAAAUUUGUAGGGUUGAAGUCUUAGGUAGCUGACGAGUCCAGGUUGCGGGAUUGGUUAAGGUCUGCCACAAGCUGAAAAAUAACUGUAAAUAAGACUGGUUAUCGGGAUAGGGUUUCCACGUGUAUUUUAUAAUUUGGACUUGUAAACUAGUUUCUAUUAAAAAGCAUGUAAUGUUUUUCUGCUGCAAAAGUACGAAACUAGUAGCUGAGCUAAAGUAGUAACAUAUUAUAUCACACCUCACCGCGAGCUCAAGAGCAUGGGCUCGGCGCAGGGCGUGACAUAUAGUGAAACAAAAAUUUGAAUUGUAAAACUAAUGAGAGAAGGGAGAUCCAAGUAUGUUUCAAUGCUAAGGAAUACACU